AUGGACUGCGCACCUCAAAUCACAAAUGCUGUUGAAACAGCCAUCCCCUUAUGCCAGAUCAUUUGGUGUGGCGUUCAUGUGUUGCGCGCUGUCAUGAGAAAGGCUGAAAAGUUUCAAGAUCGUUCCAACUUCGAAACUUUCUAUAACUUAAUGAAGUUAUUGGUCUUUGGUUCUGAAGAGGAAGAAAUUGAUCCUGAUGAAGUUUACAACAAUUUAGAAGAAAUUUUAAAUGAGGAACCUGCUGCCCGUGAAUACUUUGACCGACAGUGGCGCCAUCAUCUUGACAGGUGGAUGCUUCGCUAUAGAAAUGAAGGAGAUGGAACAAACAACAUCUCGGAAUCACAUUUCAAGGUUUUGAAGCACCAGUACUUCCCAGAAAGGCGAAAUCUUCGACUCGAUGAACUUGUCAUCGAGUUAUAUUCCAGUGUUGUUCCUUCAUUCCUGAUUAAGUUGCAAAUUAAAGGUCUGGAUUCAGAGAGAAGUGUUAAAGUUAUCAAAAAAGUCACAAGAG